AACAGAGCUCAGUCUGGCGGAGGUGGAGUCUGGAGGUGGGGAGGGAGAAGAAAGGGGAGAGGAGGAAAACGGUGAAAGGCACAACAGAAACUGGGGGAGAGAACGGUGGAUGAUUUACGCGUUUAAAGUCGCAUUACAGCUGCUGGAAGAGUUGCGGCGAAGUGGAAAGGAACAAAAUGUUAACGCCUUACUUCCUAGAAAAUUUCUGGGGAGAAAAGAACAAUGGCUUUGAUGUGCUCUACCAUAACAUGAAACAUGGGCAGAUUUCCUCCAAGGAGCUGACAGACUUCAUCAGAGAAAGGAGUACCAUUGAAGAGGCCUAUGCCAGGUCGAUGACCAAACUUGCCAAGUCAGCUGGGAACUUCUCUCAGCUUGGGACAUUUGCACCAAUGUGGGAUAUCUUCAAAAGCUCCACGGAGAAACUGGCCGGUUUACACAUGGAUCUAGUGAAGAAGCUACAAGACCUGAUAAAAGAUGUACAGAAGUAUGUGGAGGAACAGGCCAAAGCACAUAAGAAAACAAAAGAAGAAGUUGCACCAACCCUAGAAGCCGUCCAGAACAUCCAGUCUAUCUCUCAGGCUCUCCAGAAGUCCAAGGAGAACUACAAUGCCAAAACCGUGGAGCAGGAGCGCCUCCGCAAAGAGGGGGCCACCCAGAGAGAUGUGGACAAGGCUGGAGUUAAAGCCAAAAAAGCCACAGAGACCUACAAGUCAUACGUGGAGAAAUAUGCUACAGCCAAGUCUGAGUUUGAGCAGAAGAUGACAGAAACAGCACAGAGAUUCCAAGACAUUGAGGAAAACCACAUUAUCCACAUGAAGCAGAUCAUCCAGUCAUACUCGCAAUCAGUGGAGGAAACACACAUUCAGAUUGGAGAGCUGCACAAGGAAUUUGUGAGGAACAUUGAGAACACUUCAGAAGAGAGCUUAAUACAAAAGCUGGCCGAGAGCAAAGGAACAGGAAAAGAGAGGCCAGGACCAAUCGAAUUUGAGGAAUGCAACACAGCCAUUGCAACAGAAGGUGCCAAACCAAGAAAGAGGAAAACGUUUGGUAUCCCAGGCAGAAGGAAAGACAAGGACACAGACUCUACGGAGUCGACAGAAGUCGAAGCUGCUAACACUGCCAAUGGUGCUCCUCCAGGAUAUUUUGGCUCCAUAGACAUCCAGAAUGCUAAUGUUCCCCAAGUUGAUGCUGAGGGCUUCUGUAUCAGACCGGAAGUGAAUGAGAAUGAUCCCAAAGACAAUUCCUUCUAUUCGUCCAGCGAUUCGGAGGACGAAGACGAGCCCAGGAAGUUCCAUGUGCAGAUCAAGCCCGUCCAGCCUAACAAUGGCACGCAUCAGACCCGAGCGAACAUCGAUGAGCUCAAAGCCUCCAUUGGAAACAUCAUCCUGUCGCCUUCGACCUCGGGGCAAAUGCGGAGGAACCAGUCCAGGUUUACAGGAGUAUCUACCUUAAGGUCUAAGGCUAAGGAUGAUGAGCUUGUAAAGCCCAGAGGGUCAACUCCAUUCGAGUUAAGUAACAACGAUCUUCUGUCUUUGGAUCCAUUGAGCUCUACUUCAGGAGUUGGAUCCUCCUCCUCUAUGUCAUCCACUGCAGACCUUGCUUCUUUGUUCUUUCCAAUCCCUCCAUCUCCAUCUUUUCUGAUGAAUGACUCUGAGGUCUUUCUCCCAGAGGCACCAGUUGACAAUGUGCCACAAAAAGGCCGCUCUACCCCAGUGGCAGAGAGCCAGCAGUCCAAAGAUGUCUCCUCUUUCUCUUCAUCCACCACCUCUCCCUGGGAUUCCCCAGAAAACGCUUCCCAGGGACUGAAACCAGCACAGGAGAGGGCCCGAAGCGCCCCCAUCACCCAGCCCACUGAGCCUAUAGACCCUAUGAACAGCCCAACCACUGCCAGCCCCCCAAACGCCCCCAAGUCUGUUGAUAUCUUCUCCCUAGUGUCCUGGUCCCAGAGCCAGUGGAUCGCUUUUGGGGAUAGCUUUGCCCCGCCUUGUCGUCACGGCUCAGGUUCUUCUGCAGCAGAGGUCCAGACAGUGCAGGCAGGGUUUGGCAGGUCAAGACGCUUCCUGUCGGAGGACUCUGCAGACGCUCUCUGCAAAACAACCACUGCAGCAGUCAGAGAGGACAGCAGCGUCUGUGUCUCUGAUGUCUUCUCUGAUAGGACAGUAGCAGCAGCCACAACAAGCAAAGUAUUUAAUGUGCCGGUACCAAACAGACCUACGACCCCUCUGGCUGCUGGAGCCCUUGUUCCACCACCACGUCCUUCCUCUAGACCCAAACUUCCCACUGGAAAACUCACAGGAAUCAAUGAAAUUGUACGGCCUUUCAGCCCACCCAAAGCAUCCAAUGCCAGCCCCCCUCUAUCAGCACCCCUGGCCCGGGCUGAAAGUUCUUCCUCCUUGUCCUCAAACACGUCACUCAGUGCCGGGAACACUCCCACCGUCGGAGUUCCUCCCCUCUCCUGCUCAGGGUCAGAUCUCAGCACCUUCUCUCCUCAUGUCCUUUUAAACCAAAAGGACGACGGGUUUGUAGACAAGCUGCCUGCCUUUGAGAAGCGGUGUGAAACACCAGCAGGGACGUCUCGCGGUCCGAGUCCAGUGACCCUGGCAUCCCAAGAUGCUUUGCCCAUUGCCGUGGCCUUCACAGAAACCGUUAAUGCUUACUUCAAAGGAGCUGAUCCUGCUAAGUGCAUUGUGAAGAUCACAGGAGACAUGACGCUCUCGUUCCCCAUGGGCAUCAUCAAGGUGUUCACCAACAACCCCUCCCCCGCUGUCCUCACCUUCAAGCUGAAAAACACCAGCAGGCUGGAGCAGAUCCUGCCCAACCAACAGCUCUUAUACAGCGAUCCUUCCCGAAGCGACUCCAAUUCCAAGGACUUCUGGUUCAACAUGCAAGCCCUGACGUCUUACCUCAGAAAAGCCUCUGAGCAGAACCCUUCAGCUUCCUACUAUAAUGUGGAUAUCCUAAAAUACCAGGUGCUGUCCGAUGGGAUUCAGUCCACUCCUCUUAACCUGGCCGUGUACUGGAAGUGUACGCCGAGCACAACAGACCUGCGGCUAGACUACCGCUACAACCCCAAUUCCAUGGACUCGCCUGGCCCCAUCACCAACGUUCAGGUUUUGGUUCCUGUUGACGGAGGAGUCACCAGCAUGCAGGCUUUACCAAACUGCAUCUGGAAUUCAGAGCAGAAUAAGUGUCUGUGGAAGCUUAGUGACAUCUCAGAAAAGUCUGAAAAUGAAGGUGCCUUAAGAGCCAAGUUUGAGCUGUCGAAUGGUCCUUCAAACCCUUCCACGCUGGCGGUGCAGUUCAUGAACGAGGGCAGCACCCUGUCAGGAGUCGACAUGGACCUGCUGGGGACCGGAUACAGACUUUCCCUCAACAAGAAGAGAUUUGCCACAGGUCGGUACAUGGCAGAUUGCUGAGGUGACCGACACCUUCGAUUACCGAUCAAAAGAAAAGCUGAAACGUCCAGAUUCACCGGAGCACUUCUGCCCACGGUCUCACACAGCAAGAAUCUCACUACAAUAAAACAGCACUGAGUAACGAACACUGUUUAAAAAAAAAAAAUACAAAAAAACUGAGAUGAGCUUUCAGAAAAUGUGUAGAUACAAAUUCUAAUAAUGCCUUCUGAUCAGUUUUGUACAGAAAAAAUGUACCGAUUAGCCAUAAAUUUAUAUUAUAUUUGACAUUUUGAAAAGGAAAAAAAAAUAAAUCAAUGCACUAACAGCCCUUCCAGAAGCUCUUUUUCCUCUUGUACUCAUUUGUAAGAGCCUUAAAGGAAUGAGAAACCAAUUUUUUGUGUGUGGAUGAGAAGAAAUGCUCUCGCCAAACUGUAAAUAAUAACCCAGCUCCCAUUUACUGACGUUUCCCUGUUUUUAAACGUGCAAUGAAGCAAUGAAGGUUAAAUUAAUCUUCAACAGGACACAUACUUUUGGCACAAGCUUGAUAUUAAACCAACUGUUUUAAUGAUUUCAUAAAAUGAAAAAAACAAAAAAACAAACACAAAACCAACAAAAAACCAGCCUCAGUGCCUGAUAUUGUACUGUGGAACAAAAGUAAAAAAAAAAAAAAAAA